AUGGGCGUCAUCCGCAAGAAGACCUCCACGCGGGGCGGCGAGGGGGGAGUCAAGUACGUUUGUGAUGUCUGCUCCGCCGAUAUAACCUCAACAGUCCGCAUCAGAUGCGCCAGUCCAGUUUGCAACGACUACGACCUCUGUGUACAAUGCUUUGCAGACGGCGAGUCCUCACAUAAUCACCAGCCUGCCACCCAUCCCUUUCGGGUCAUCGAGCAAAACUCCGUCCCGAUUUAUGAUAAGAACUGGGGCGCCGAUGAGGAGUUGCUCCUGCUGGAAGGGGCUGAGAUCUAUGGGUUGGGAUCCUGGGCAGACAUAGCAGAUCAUAUCGGUGGAUACAGAAAUAAAGAUGAAGUGAGGGCGCACUAUGAGAAGAUUUACCUUGAUAGCCCGAACUUCCCGUUGCCAAAGAGGGCGAGCCCCCACGAUUUACAAUUGCUGGAGGAGAUACCCAGGGAGGAGUUCCAGGCUCGGAAGAAACGAAGAAUUGAGGACCGGAAGGAGGCAGCGAAGAAUGCACCUCCAGCUACACCGAAGAAGAAGCCGACGGCAAGUGUCCCAGCAUGCCACGAGGUUCAAGGAUAUAUGCCCGGACGGUUGGAGUUCGAGACGGAAUAUGCCAACGAGGCAGAGGAGGCAGUCCAACACAUGCAAUUCGACCCUGGAGAUGGCAUCAAUCCACGAACCGGGGAGUUGGAGCCAGAGAUGGAGCUGAAGAUGACGGUUAUGGAUAUCUACAAUUCCCGCCUUACCCAGAGAGCCGACAGGAAGAAAGUAAUGUUUGAACACAACCUUCUCGAAUACAGAAAGAAUGCGGCUCUUGACAAGAAACGGACGAAAGAAGAGCGGGAUCUCCUCAACAAGGCCAAACCCUUUGCUCGGAUGAUGAACCACGAUGACUUUGAAGAAUUCACUAAAGGUCUCAUCGAAGAACUCAAUCUUCGACAAGCCAUAGCACAACUGCAGGAUUGGCGAGAGAAGAAGAUCGUGGAUCUUCGAGGUGGCGAGAAAUACGAACAAGAUAAGGUCUUGCGUGCACAGAAGGCUCAGCCAAUGGGUUCGUUAGAUCGUGAUCGAUUUGCAAGCUUGCAUCGUACGAAGCAGGCCUCUGCCGUUGAGACGCCUUCUGGCGCUGCUGCCCUCGUUGCCCCUGAACUUCCCAUCCGCCUCAUGCAACCAGAGAACACAGCGAGCGCAUCACCCAAUCGACCCGAUAAAGCGCCCACGAAUGGCCAUGCAAACGGGACAAGUACUCCAGUGAAGCGGGAAAAAUUCGUCGUCCAGCCUCUCAUUGGCGUUACGCCCUUAUCUCUGAGCCAAGAGAAUGCCUCCGAUCUCCAUCUCCUAACCGAGGAAGAGAUCGACCUCUGCGAGAAGACACGCAUCUAUCCAAAGCCUUACCUGGCGAUGAAAGAAGCGCUUAUGAAGGAGGCGCUCAAGAGCAACGGAACGCUGAAGAAAAAGCAAGCGAAAGAGAUCUGUCACGUCGAUGGACAAAAGGGCGGAAGGAUAUUCGACUUUUUCGUCCAUAGCGGAUGGAUUGGUAAAGGAUAA